UAAUGUUCCCUCCAACUUCUCUCUCUCUCUGGUCUCUUCAUCGACCAGACCAAACGCUUCUUCAGUGUCAGUUUUUGAAUGCCACAACAAACAUCAAGCCCAAGAAAGAACCAGAGCUAGACAAAAUGUCUAAAAUACCCUUCCUACUCCGUUUUGCUAUGAUCGUUUUCUUCAUCUCCACCUCAUACUCCUCCGGCAAUCAACGUCUCAACUCUCGCCACUUACUCCAUCAACCCUUUUACCCCAUCGUCACCGCCGCUCCACCACCGUUAUCUUCCAAACCUCCGUCGCCUUCCCCAGACAAACACCACCACCACAAGAAACAUCCAGCGGCGCCUCCACCGCAGGAUAAACACCUCUUCUCCUCCGUCACACCACCUCCACCUCCUCCUGCGCCGCACUCGAACCCCUUUUUCCCCUCCAACGCCGUUCAUCCCUCACCACCUCCACCUCCACCAGCCUCAAUCCCUACUUUUCCCGCCAACAUCUCUUCUCGCUUCUUCCCACCUCACAACUCAUCCAAACCUCACAACAACAACCACCACAUCGCUAAACUCGUCUCGAUAACCGUCUCCGUAGUAUCCUCCUCUGUUCUCCUCUCUCUACUCGUCGUGCUCAUCAUCUACCUCCGCCGCACACGCCGCCGCCGCCUCCUCCCCGCCUACAACACCAAGUCCACAAGAUCAGACUCUCUCCAGCUCUUCAACGCCUCUCCUUCCGACGGCGCUCGAAAACACAAACAACCACAGAAGCACACUUCAUCCAACACUUCCUCUGAUUUUCUCUACUUAGGCACUUUAGUUAACUCCCGUAGCGAAGGCUUUGCUCCGCAGAAGUCUCCGGUCUCCGGAAACGUCGCCGGCGUCUUGGAGUUACCACCAGGUCCAGCUUCUUCCUCUUCCUCUUCUUCUUACUCACAUCACCAUAAGCCAGGCUCCCCGGAGCUCCGUCCUCUUCCUCCGUUACCAAAGCUUCAAGCUUUCUCUCCCACUUACCUAAGCCCUGAACAUUUAUUCCCUAAGAGACAAGACUUUGACGGCGACGACGACGAGUUUUUUUCUCCGAGAGGAUCUUCCGGUCGUAAACAGAGCCCACCACGUGCCGUGGAGGAUUCUGGUGUUGUUCAGAGUGGUGACAGGAGUGUCAACGGCUCCAACUCGUGUUCUCCGACGUCGUUUAACGAUUCUCCGGCGACAAGUUUGAAACCUAAGUCGCUUAGUCCUCUCUCGCUGCACAGUGAAACCAGCUCAAACGGCAGCGUUUUGAAGAAAACAUGUCCAGCUAGACCACCACCACCUCCACCACCUCCUCCUCCGCCGCAAUUCUCUGAGAUUCCGGCCGCCACGUCUCCCUCGCCUCCUUCUGACCCAGAUAAGAAAGACGAGACUUUGAAACCGAAGUUGAAAGCUUUACACUGGGACAAAGUUAGAGCAAGCUCGAGCCGUGUUAUGGUGUGGGACCAAAUCAAAUCAAACUCUUUUCAAGUGAAUGAAGAGAUGAUUGAGACAUUGUUCAGAGCGAAUGAUCCAAGUUCAAGAACAAGAGGUGUCGGAAACGCAGGUUUAGUUCAAUCCGCGAGUCAUGAGAAUCAGUUUCUUGAUCCAAGAAAGUCUCACAACAUUGAAAUCUUGCUUAGAGCUCUUAAUGUAACUGCUGAUGAAGUAUGUGAAGCCCUUGUAGAAGGAAACGCUGAUAUGCUUGGACCUGAGCUACUUGAAUGCUUGCUUAAGAUGGUACCUACCAAAGAAGAAGAGGACAAGCUUAAGGAGCUUAAAGAGGAUGAUGAAUCUACUACAUCCAAGAUUGGACCUGCAGAGAAGUUCCUCAGAGCAUUGCUCAACAUUCCUUUCGCCUUCAAGAGGAUUGAUGCAAUGUUUUACAUAGUUAAUUUCGAUUCAGAAACUGAGUACCUUAAAAGAUCCUUCCACACACUAGAGGUUGCUUGUAGUGAGUUAAGGAACACUAGGAUGUUCUUGAAGCUGCUUGAAGCGGUUCUCAAGACCGGGAACCGGAUGAAUAUAGGGACUAAUAGAGGAGAUGCACAUGCUUUCAAGCUUGACACACUCUUGAAACUGGCAGACAUCAAAGGCGCUGAUGGCAAAACCACCUUAUUGCACUUUGUGGUUCAAGAGAUCAUUAAAUCAGAAGGAGCUAGGGUUUCUUCUACUUCCAUUCAAAGCCCUAUAGGAGAUGAUGAUAUAGCAGAGCAAUCAGCAUUCCAAGACGACAUAGAGUUAAAGAAACUUGGGUUGCAAGUAGUCUCAGGUCUCAGUUCUCAGUUGAUAAACGUCAAGAAAGCAGCUGCAAUGGAUUCAAUUUCCCUCAGCAAGGAGAUAGCUGAAAUCUCCAGCGGUAUAACAAAAGUCAAGGAAGUGAUCAUGGAGCUAAAGCAAGAAACUGGUGUAGAGAGAUUCUUGGAGUCAAUGAACUCGUUUUUGGACAAAGGUGAGAAGGUGAUCACAGAGAUACAAUCUCAUGGAAUCAAUGUCAUGAAGAUGGUUAAAGAAGUGACAGAGUAUUUCCAUGGGAACUUAGAAUCUCAUCCUUUCCGCAUUUUCACCGUGGUCAGAGACUUCUUGACGAUUCUUGAUCAAGUUUGUAAAGAAGUUGGUCGUGUAAACGAGAGGACAGUGUACGGAUCACGACCUUCACCGUCGAACCAGACCGUUACACCGCUGUUUCCGGUGGUUAACAUUAACCACUCAGAGCUGAGUCACGACGAUGACUCGUUCUAAGUGACAACGAUUGGUUAAGUAUUAUUUACGUGUUUUGGUUUGAUUUGAUCCUUACUCGAGAACACAUGUUAGUUACAUGUAUUUAUUAUUUAUGAACAUAUCUAUAUUGAUAGGUGAGAAUUUAUAUGAAAUUUAUUAGAUUUUGGAAGUA